GCCAAGGCCAGGGUCGAGCCAAAGAAGGAGACGAAGGAAGAGAAGAGCGCAAAGGCUGAGAAGAGCAAGAAGGAGGAGAAGAGCGCAAAGGAGGAUAAGAACACAAAGGACGACAAGAACAAGAAGGACGAGAAGAGCAAGAAAGACGAGUUUUGUGAGCGUUGCUUCGAGAGAGACGAUAAGAACACAAAGGAAGAGAAGAGCAAGAAAGACGAGAAGAGCAAGAAAGACGAGAAGAGCAAGAAGGAAGAGAAGAGCAAGAAGGAGGAGAAGAGCCCAAAGGAUGAUAAGAACACAAAGGAAGAGAAGAGCAAGAAGGAGGAGAAGAGCAAGAAGGAUGAGAAGAGCAAGAAGGACGAGAAGAGCAAGAAGGAAGAGAAGAGCAAGAAGGAAACUAAAGACAAGGAUGAUGAUAAGAAGGAUAAGAAAAAGAAGAUCAACAGAGGGGAGUGGCUCAAGAGCUUCAAAGUUGAGAGUGACGAGGAAGAGGAUGAGAAGAAGAAGAAAAACAAGAGCAGGAAGGAAAAGAAGAAAGGGUCCAAGUCCGAGUCUGACAAGUCAAAGAGUGAUGGUGAGGCCUUUGUUAGCCUGCGUUGA